GAUACACAUUAACACAAACUGUGGUAGAAGAGCAGGGCCAGGGACAUUCAUCAAUCCAUUGCUGUCCAGAGCUUCACUACACGAGCAGCAGACCUGUGGAGCUCUCAUUACAAAUCUGGAGACUGGAGAACAUCAUUCAGAAUUGUUCUGGGUCCGUUUGCAUGGACAUUAAAGAUUGAAUUGUCGCUGUGAGGACAUACGUUUCGGGAUCUAUGCCCUGGGUGUGAUCUGGACAGUGAAUUUGAGAAGAAACAUUUUCAGGAUCACAUUUAAGAUAGAGAGGAUUCAAAAUGGAAGAAAAGAUGAAAGACAAAGAUCUCAGGAAAAGGGUGCCAUAUCACAUUCAGAGAGAUGUUCUGGAUGAGCUCGGUGUUGACCAAGUUGCUGAGAAAUCGGAUUUUAAAAUUUCAGCAAAAGAAAAACUCAGAGAUGCUGUCAGGUGUACAGGCCCAAGGUUUAAGAGCUGUUUCCUAUCAUUUGUUCCUAUCCUGGCUUGGCUGCCACGAUACCCUUUUCGAGAAAACGCUAUUGGAGAUCUAAUAUCAGGAAUCAGUGUGGGAAUCAUGCACCUGCCGCAAGGUAUGGCAUAUGCUCUGCUAGCAGCAGUCCCUCCUGUUUUUGGUCUGUAUUCCUCCUUCUACCCCAUUCUCAUCUACUUCAUAUUUGGAACAUCUAAACACAUUUCUGUGGGUACAUAUGCAGUUAUGAGCGUUAUGAUUGGCAGCGUGACUGAGCGCUUGGCUCCAGACUCAGACUUUGUGAUACCAGGCAAUGAUACCAACAGCACCAUCUUGGACAUUGCCAGCCGUGAUGCAGAGAGGGUCAAGAUCGCGGCCACUGUGACUUUCUUAUCUGGCAUUUUCCAGUUGCUCCUCGGCUUGGUUAGGUUUGGUUUUGUGGUAACUUAUCUAUCAGAGCCAUUGGUGAGAGCUUAUACAACAGCGGCCGCCAUUCACGUUAUCGUCUCCCAGCUCAAAUAUUCCUUUGGCAUCAAUCCACAGCGGUAUAGUGGACCUUUGUCUCUUAUAUAUACAGUAAUAGAGGUUUGUGCAUUGCUCGGACAGACUAAUAUUGGUACUCUGGUAGUUAGCAUUGUAACCAUCAUAGGUCUGGUUGCUGCAAAGGAACUUAGUGCCUUGGCGGCGCGCAAAAUCCCUAUUCCGAUUCCUGUUGAGCUGAUCACUAUUGUUAUUGCUACUGUGGUGUCAUGGCAGAUGAAUUUGAGGACUAAAUAUGGUGUUGAAGUGGUUGGAGAAAUCCCAUCAGGUCUGCAGGCUCCUGUGGCGCCCACGGUCUCUCUGUUGGGUUCAAUGGUCGGAGAUGCUUUUGCACUGGCUGUUGUUGGAUAUGGAAUUGCUAUCUCACUGGGUAGAAUUUUUGCCCUCAAAUAUGCCUACAAAGUCGACAGUAACCAGGAACUCAUAGCAUUGGGUCUGUCUAACUCCAUUGGAGGCUUAUUCAAUUGUUUUGCUAUCAGCUGCUCUAUGUCUCGCAGCAUGGUGCAGGUCAGCACAGGGGGAAAGUCACAGGUGGCUGGAGCGAUUUCUUCUCUGGUAAUUCUGGUGAUCUUGUUAAAGAUUGGCGAACUAUUUGAGGAGCUGCCAAAGGCUGUGCUGGCUGCUAUAAUCUAUGUAAACCUGCAAGGCAUGAUGAAGCAGUUUGGAGACAUCAGCUCUCUCUGGAGGACCAAUAAAGUGGAUAUGGUGGUGUGGGUGAUGACUUUGAUCUUGACAGUGUUGUUUAAUCCUGAUAUGGGACUUGCUGCAUCUAUUGCCUUCUCCAUCCUCACUGUCGUCUUCAGAACUCAACUACCAAAAUACUCUAUUCUUGGCCAGGUUCCUGGCACUGACAUCUACAAACCAAUAGAGGACUACAAUCAGGUGAAGGAGAUUCCUGGUAUAAUGAUUUUCCAUUCAUCUGCAACAUUGUACUUUGCCAAUGCUGAAAUGUAUAUUGAUGCACUCUAUGAGAAGACUGGGGUAGACGUGGCUAAACUUCUCUCACACAAGAAAAAACUGGAAGCGAAGAGACUCAGAAAAGAAAAGAAAGCUGCAAAGAAAGCUAAGAAAGAGGCCAAGAAAAGAGCUAAAGAAGCUGUUAAAGCUGCUAAGGGGGAGGAACCACCAUUUUCAGACACAGAUGAAAGUGGGGAAGAAGCAGAGGCAAAUGGAGAUGUGCAUAAAUUGUCAGUCAAAGAACCAAAGGAUGUGGCUGCUGUGGAAGCGGGGCCUGACCAUGACACUGACACCACGCUGCCAAGGGCAAUCAUUCUUGACCUGAGCCCUGUCAACUUCCUGGAUACAGUUGGCGUGAAGACUUUACGCAAUAUCUAUAAGGAUUAUGGAGAGGCUGGUGUACAGGUGUACUUCUGUGGCUGCCAGAGAGGUGUUGUAGAGAGUAUGGAGAAAGGCGAUUUCUUCAACGAGAAAGUAACUAAAUCGAUUCUCUUCUCAUCUGUACAUGAUGCCGUUCUUUACUGUCAACAAGGAAACAGCGAGGAGGUUAUGCAGGGAACACAUUUGUAAAUCCAAACACCAAACAUGAUACGGAACACAGAGCUUGAUUGUUAUUUAUUGUGUAUUUCAUCAUGGGGAAGAAUAAGUUAAGGAGGUGUUUUGAUGAAUAAUUUUUAUUUUUUUGUUUGUUUGUUUGAAUAAUGAGACUCUUUUGAAUGUGAAAUAUCUGAAAAUGGAUCUGCCAUAUAAUGUUAUUGUGUAAGACAAGUCAACUGUAAAAAAAAAAAAAGAAAAAAAAAAGAAAUUCACUUAGUUGUGAAACAUCUAAGAAAUAUGUUAUUCCAGGUUGUGACACUGUAGAGUUCCAGGUACAUAAUGAAUAUAAACUCAGUUUUCACUGUAUAAUCAGACUCUUGCAAAGUUCCCAUUUUACCAAUAUACAAUACUGUUCAAAAGUUUGGGAUCAGUAUUUAUUUUUUAAAGGGUACAUAACAUUUCACCUAAUCUCAAUUUAAUCUUGAGUACCUAUAGAGUAGUACUGCAUCCUUCAUAUAUCCAAAAAGUCUUUAGUUUUAUCAUAGGCUAUUUAUAAGAAAAAUACAGCUUUCCGAUUCUUUCUGGAAAAAGCCGAGCUCCUGGAGGCGUGCGGUGAGCGGAGCUUUAAUACUGAUGUUUCGUGUUCUUUCCAUUAACAUAUCUUCACUUAUGUGCUGAUUUCCAACAAAAUACAGAAAUCUGAUGCAAGUACUUACAUGAAUGGGGUCUUUUAUCACAAGGGACGGCUCCAUGUUUUAAUAGCAAACGAUGUGCAAAUCCAGCGUCGACUUGGACCUUGUUUAUAAAACAUUCGUCACUCAAAUGACCAGAACACACAAAUGCACUUGCUACACUCCAUUGCUUCCCCGGAAAAACAAACUGCAUCCACUGUUCAUGUAACGCUGGGUUCUUGGGGAAGUUGAAAACGGUAAACUUUCCCUCACAUCCAAAAACGCAGUUAUUUGGAGGCAUUCUCGAACAAAUGCAGUGCUUUUCCUGGAGAAAUGUUCAUAUAAGGAGUUCCGCUCUCAUCUACGUCAUUAGAUCCACGAUAAAAAAAAAAAACAGCCCAAACUUGUACCAACCCUAAAGUAAGAUUUUCGGCACAGAAAUUCUCAGUCAUUCUUCCAAAUUAUUUUUUUUUAACUUUGGCCAUGUUUAGCUUGAGAAUCCCUCUCUUUAACACUGUGAACAACUCUGAAUACAUGAAACACCAUUGUAUCCCCCCCCCUUUAAUUGAUCAAAAGUGUCAGGAAAGAUGUUUAAAAUGUUACAAAAUAUUUUUGUGAAAUAAAAGCUAUUGUUUUGAAAUUUCUAUCCUUUAUAGACUCUUAAAAAUGCGAAUCAUGGUUUCUACAAAAUAUUAAGCUGCACCACUUUUGCAAUAUAUAUAUAUAUAUAUAUAUAUAUAUAUAUAUAUAUAUAUAUAUAUAUAUAUAUAUAUAUAUAUAUAUAUACCAUCAAAUCAGCAUAUUAUUAUUUCUGUAGGAUUAUGGGACAUUGAAGGCUGGAGUAAUGGUUGAUGAGAAUUCAGUUUUGCAUCACAAGAAUAAAUUAAUUGGAAUUAAUUUGGGGGGGAAAUAGCAACAGUUAUUUAAAAAUUUGUCAUCAAAAAAUGCAUUGGCAAACAUAAGAGACUUCUUUCAAAAACAUAAAAAAAAAUUAGGACCCCAAACUUUUGAAUGGUAGUGUAAUUAUCAUUAAAAAAUAAAAAUCAGUUUAUGUAUUUUACUAUGCUAUGUAUGCUGUUUGUUAACUUUAUAUGCUUGUGUAUUUAGAAUCAUUCUAACUUAAAUAAACUUUAAUUUUCUUA